AUGGUGGAGAACGAUGGGUUCAUCCCCCUGCAACCUCAGCGAACGAAGUUCAAGUUCAAGGAAGGCGUUCAUCAAUUGGGCACGUCUCGAUGUGAAGCUGGUGCUAGUGUCUCAAUGGGAUGGAACCAGGCCAUUCUCGCCCAAGGACAAGGUUGGGGCGAGGUGAAUCUCGGACAGCGGCCGCACCACAGAAGGCCACACCUCCUGAACGAACGGCAGCCACCCAGGCAGUGGCUGCUGCCGAGUGAUGGACUCACCGCAACCCAGCGAGCUGAAGCUCGUCUCCAUGCCUCAGUUGCCCCUGAGCCAGAGGAGGUCUCCGCAAAGGCUGCACCGAGGCUGUCCGUAGAGAUGCCCCUUCGGCUGAUGCCUUCCAUUGCCAAACGAGGCAGACUGCGCAGAAACGCGAUGGAUCCAUGGGGCGGAGUAGAGGAGUUUUGGAUCGCAUUACACAAAGACUUGAAGGAAGUGUGGCGCAAAGCUCCGAACUCCCCGAUGCCAAUUGCCAACACGGCCGUCUUUGCUGGGGAAGUCGGGCGCUGGAGUGACAGAGACGGCAAGCCGCAUGGGCUUGGCGCGUUGCUGCUUCAAGACAUGCAACACUUGGGUUCUUUUCGUGAUGGCCGUGCAGACGGCGAAGGUGUGUGUUUCAGCAGCAACGGUUCUUUGUGGCAGGGCCGCUGGGUGAUGAACCUGCGUGUGGGCGAGUUCGUUUGUUUGGACUCACAGGGGAAGAUUUGGCUGGAAGAGUACGACAACAAAGGCAAGCGCCUUGCUCGCCAGCUCCACGGCACACCAGACUGCAAGGAUGCAGCCCGUGAGGCUGUGCGGUGCGAGCAGUGUGGCUGGCUCCAUCAUCCGCAGUUCAAUCACGAGUUUGCCUGUCAGAAGCACAGAGGUGCUGCUACCGCUGGCGUGGGUCACAGUGAAUGUCUUGAGAGGCAGAUCUCUGCCAUCAGUCCUCGCAAGUUUUCUGCUCAUGCCACGUGCUGA